GUGUUGCAUGGAUCAGACUAUGGUGAGUGUGGAUAACAGAGAGAGGCUGAGAGCUCACAGGGAUACCUGAGCAGCCUUUCCAAACAGUUUUCGAAGACACGGAGUAACUAUGAAGGUAGUCACUUGCACUGCCCCCGUUAACAUCGCUGUUAUAAAAUACUGGGGAAAAAGAAACGAAGACCUUAUCUUGCCAAUUAACUCCUCUCUCAGCGUCACACUGCAUCAGGACCAGUUAAAAACAACCACCUCUAUUGCGGCAAGCCGUGACUUUACGGAGGAUAGGAUCUGGCUGAAUGGAAAAGAAGGUGAUAUCAACCACUCACGUCUGCAGUCCUGUUUGCGUGAAAUUCGUCGACUUGCGAGAAAAAGAAGAAAUAAUGCAGCAGAGGACACGGUCUCCAGAAUCCUAAACUACAAAGUUCAUAUAUGUUCGGUCAACAACUUCCCUACAGCUGCAGGACUGGCAUCGUCUGCAGCUGGAUAUGCCUGUCUGGUGUACACCCUGGCAAAGUUGUACGGUGUGGAGGGGGAGCUGUCUGAGAUUGCUCGGCAGGGAUCUGGCAGCGCGUGCAGGAGCAUAUAUGGAGGAUUUGUACAGUGGGUGAUGGGAGAGAGAGAGGAUGGGAAAGACAGCCUAGCGCAGCAGGUGGAGACAGAAUCUCAUUGGCCAGAGCUUCGGAUCCUCAUCUUGGUGGUGAGCGCUGAGAAGAAACACGUUGGCAGCACCUCUGGGAUGCAAACCAGCGUUGAGACCAGCCCCUUACUAAAGCUCCGAGCUGAGACCGUGGUACCCGAACGGAUGAAAGAUAUGAUCGAAUCCAUAAAGAAGCGGGAUUUUGAAUCUUUUGGCCAGUUGACAAUGAAGGACAGUAACCAGUUCCAUGCCACCUGUCUUGAUACCUAUCCUCCUAUAUUCUACCUUAACCAGAUUUCACAGAGGAUCAUCAGCCUGGUGCACCGAUACAAUGACCACUACGGACAAACCAAGGUUGCGUACAGUUUUGAUGCAGGUCCUAAUGCCGUCAUCUUUACAUUGGAGCCAACAGUCAAUGAGUUUGUGGAGCUGGUGAAACGUUCCUUUCCUCCAGAAUCCAAUGGAGACACGUUCUUGAAAGGACUACCGGUUAAUCCUGGACUGCUCUCUCCAGAUCUGCUGUCUGCUGUAGGAUCUGAUCUGUGCCCAGGAGGGGUACAAUAUAUCAUUGCUACACAGCCAGGACCUGGGCCAUCUAAAUCAGAAGAUGUCAGUCUGGAUCUGCUGGGAUCAGAUGGGCUUCCAAAGCAAAGUGUCUGAAAAGGAUGUUGCAAAAAGGACUACUUUUAUAAUUUAUCACAGGAUUCCAUUUUUAUUGUUAAAAUGCUCAUCGAGGUGGCCAUAAGAUCCUGCUUUCUUUUGUAAUUUAUAUAAACCUCUUCCUGUGCCAGUAGGACAUUUACUUUUUUACACGGCUUGGUUCUAGGACGGCAGCAGCGGAAGGUACACAUUUUGCUGCAAGAAAUAUCGGGAUAUUGUUGGCCACUCAGGGAAUUAAAAUGGCCGCCGGCACUUAAAAGUGAAUUUUCUUGUGUCUGUUCAAAACUCUUCAGGAAGUAAAUCAACACUUACACAGCCUGCAUACCCUGGCAAAACAAAAAAAAAUAGAAUAUUCUAGCACUUGCUCUUUGAAAAUACUUGCAGGCUCUAAUUUUAUUAAUCAGUUUUCCUUAACCCCUUAAGGACCAAACUUCUGGAAUAAAAGGGAAUCAUGACAUGUCUAACAUGUCUUGUGUCCUUAAGGGGUUAAACAAUAUCUUGUUUUCCAAAUUCUGUCUGUCAUCUAUUAGUCUCUAAUAUUUGCAGAUCUAUACAGCCCAGCUGCCAUUAAAAGGGAAACUGUCACUUCUCAGGAAUUAACGCCACAGAAUAAAGCUGUGAAAAUCA